AUGUCGAUUAAGGUUAGCCUUGUUCAGCCCUACGACAACGACGGACAGUGGCUGAUGGACUGGUGGAUAAGUUACUCAUCUGCGUCGGAUGGCCCGUGCACCAAAAAGAUUCCACCUUGGAAUACUUCUGCUCUGGGUUUGAAGUGCGUCAUUCUCUUGAUCGUCUCUGAAGGCUCACUCGCUUCCUUGACCGGUCGGCACUAA